AUGUUAAGUUUAUUCGAAGCAAGACAUUGGCGCAAGAGUGACGCAAGAACGACGCAAGCCGUUCACAUUUGCGCAAGGAUUAAUAAGAAAGAUUUUAACAAGAUGGACGACGAAGACCUUCUGAUAUAUCUUGGCUACAUACUUUUAAAACGAAGUUCUCGAAGAGAAGCUGAAAGGAAAGCUCGAAAAAAAAGAUCAAUUUGGGUUAGGCAAAUUUACAAACAAAGAGAAGAAUGUGGUAUAUAUCAUACCCUGGUACAAGAAAUGGCUUUGGGGGAUCGAGAAUCCUAUUUCAAGUUUAUGAGAAUGUCCCCGGAAUCUUUCCAGUACCUGUUGAAUGUUAUCGGACCAGAAAUCUCCAAAAAAGACACGAAAUUUCGUAAAGCUAUCUCAGCAUCAGAAAGACUUUGUCUUACAUUACAUUAUCUUGCCUAUGGAGGAAGUCAGCAGUCAUUAGGCUUUUCAUUCCGUAUAGCAAAAUCAACUAUAAGCAGUAUUGUAAACGAAACAUGUUCAGCUAUUUGGAAUUGUCUUAAAGAACAAUAUUUGCGCCCUCCAAAAGCUUUGGAUGAAUGGAAGAAAAUUGCUCAGGACUUUAAUGACAUGUGGGAUCUACCACAUUGCAUUGGUGCCAUAGAUGGAAAACAUAUCAGAAUGGAAGCACCAAUAAAUAGCGGAUCCCUAUAUUACAAUUAUAAAGGGUUUUUUAGUAUCAUCUUGAUGGCAAUAUGUGAUGCUCGCUACGUAUUUUCAUUUGUUGAUAUCGGAGAUUACGGUUCAAACAAUGAUAGCGGUGUUUUCCGUAGAUCAGCAAUUGGGAAAUCGUUUUUUAAAAAAGAAAUGAACCUUCCUGAACCAGAAAAUAUCGAGAAUUCCCCUACUUUUGGUCUAAUGCCUUAUUAUUUAGUUGGCGAUGAUGCUUUCCCGCUUCAACAGUGGCUUAUGAAGCCUUAUCCUGGACAGGGUAUAAAAGAGAACCAGUUAAUUUUUAACUACAGAUUGUCUAGAGCACGACGAGUAAUCGAGAAUGCAUUCGGUAUUCUUGCUGCCAGAUGGAGAGUUUUUAUGAAUCCCCUGCAAACAAAUGUCAACAAUGCAGAAACGAUAGUUAAAGCCACAAUAUGA